AUGGGCUCCAUUGCAGAACCAACAAUUUCCGUUUCCAACCCAUUCAGAACCCGCAUCUUGAAUGGCGAGAUCACCCCUCUCCUGUCAGUCAAGUACGUGGUCGGCAAUGAGAUCGCCAUGAUGGCCAAGAUGGCCGGCAUCCACGGCCUCUUCAUUGAUAUGGAGCAUUCAUCAUUGGAUCUGCACUCAGUCGCACAACUGAUCCUGGCUUGCAACUAUGUCGGGGUCUCUCCCGUUGUGCGCUCGCCUUCCAAGUCUCACUGGCACAUCAGCCGGCUCCUCGAUGCCGGCGCCGCAGCUGUCGUCAUCCCGCACAUCGAGAGUGUCCAAGAAGUGCGUGAUCUGGUUCACCAUUCCAAGUAUGCGCCGCUUGGUGCGCGCGGAUGCACCAAUAACCUGCCAAUUUUCAACUUCCAACAUGUUCCCACAACGAAGCAGAAUGAGGCGCUUAACCAGCAAACUAUGUUGAUACCCAUGAUCGAGACACCAGUGGCUGUUGAAUUAGCCGAGGAGAUUCUGGCUGUCGAUGGAGUGGACGGUGUAUUGGUCGGAUCCAAUGAUCUUUGUGCUGAUCUUGGGAUCCACGGAAAGUAUGAUGACUCGAAGUAUCUGGACUCAGUGGUCAAGAUCAUCGAGGCUGCAAACAAGGCUGGAAAGACGGUGGGAAUCGGCGGAAUCGGUGGCCGACUUGAUAUCCUGGAGAGAUGGUUCUCACUCGGUGCUACUUGGUCACUGAGUGGUGCUGAUGGAGCCAUUCUUCAAAAUGGUAUGAAGCAGAUCACCAAGAACUAUGACGAGAUCAGCCAGAGGGUACAGAAGAUUCAAAAAUAG